GGAGAUACGACCCUCAUGAAAUGAUUCUAAAUUUAACUGUUUGCCCAGCAGUUGAUGUUUCAGCCGAGACCAAAAGGUAGAAAAAUCAGAGCUCCAAGGAGAGGGGAAAAAAAUUAAUUACUGCUUAACCGAUCGAGUGAACCUCCUGACUUUGGGGAUGAACCUUGCGGUGGGAUUCAAACCGAUGCUUGGAGGCGCACAGACAAUGGACAGUUUGGAGAAGCAACUUAUUUGUCCCAUUUGUCUGGAAAUGUUCACAAAACCAGUGGUAAUUUUACCAUGUCAGCAUAACUUGUGUCGAAAAUGCGCCAAUGAUGUUUUCCAGGCUUCCAACCCAUUCUGGCAGUCAAGGGGCUCGACUACGGUGCCUUCAGGGGGUCGCUUUCGCUGUCCUUCCUGCAGACAUGAGGUAGUACUUGAUCGCCACGGAGUUUAUGGCCUGCAGAGAAAUCUCCUGGUGGAAAAUAUCAUUGACAUCUACAAGCAAGAAUCAUCCAGGCCUCUGCAUACCAAAUCUGACCAGCAGUUAAUGUGUGAAGAGCAUGAAGAUGAAAAAGUAAAUAUUUACUGUCUAACUUGUGAGGUCCCAACUUGCUCAAUGUGCAAAGUCUUUGGCGCUCACAAAGAUUGUGAAGUGGCACCUCUUCAAAAUGUCUACAAACGUCAAAAGACUGAGCUGAGUGACGGUAUUGCAAUGCUGGUGGCAGGAAAUGACAGAAUCCAAGCAAUCGUUACUCAGCUGGAAGAGAUUUGUAAAACCAUUGAGGAUAACAGCCGAAGACAAAAGCAACUCCUUUGUGAAAAGUUCGAUACUCUGUAUGCUAUUCUAGAAGAGAGGAAAAAAGAAAUGCUUCAAUGUAUUACUCGCGAACAGGAGGAGAAAGUGCAAUAUGUACGAUCUCUGAUGAGGCAACACGGAGAUCACCUGGAGGGGGCAAGCAAGCUGGUAGAAACAGCUCUGCAACUUACAGAGGAACCUCAGAUGGCAGUGUUCCUGCAGAAUACAAAGCAGCUGAUCAAAAAAGUUAUUGAUACUUCAAAAGCAGCUCAGUUGGAGCGAACGGAGCCUGGGUAUGAAAACAUGGAUCAUUUUGUGGUCAAUCUCGGAAGAGCCGAGCAGGCGCUGCAAAGGAUAAACUUUCAGUCAGAGUGCCAGGGUGAAGAAGAGGAAGAGUUAGAGGAAGAAGAGAUAGAGGAAGGUGGAGUGGCUGAAGAGGAAGGAGAAAUGACUGAUGGUCAAUACUGAAGUCACAAGAAGGAAAAAGAGGGACAGUACUAAUGACACAGCCUAUGGAAAUGAUUCAUUCACAAUUGAUUUAUUGUUUAAUUAUGAGAUGAAGAUUGCUGCCAUUUAUACAAGCUUGCAGUAUGGAUCACUUAUUCGCUUUUCUAUUUGCUGAUCAUUGCUGUGUGAAGAAAUUAACACAGUGUUAUAGCUUCUCAAUUAGACCAAAUACUUUUUGUACAUUUUCACUUACGCAAUUAAAUGUAAACCCUAGGAUAAUGUUGAUGUGACACUAUUGCAAUAAUAGGCCUUCUUAACUGAAAAGACGACUGAUGCAUUGUUUGAAAAAAAACCUUUAUGGGAUUAUUGUGAUAUUUUGCAUGGAUCAGUUAGUUUAGAAUUUUCAGACAGCUGAGUGCUAUUAUUUCCCCAUUAUAAUAAUUUGUUUAAUUAGUUUGUUAUAAUUUUAUUCGAGACAUGGCACAUGUAAAAUAAAGUACAAUGUACAGUGGGAUAAUUGAGCUCUAUCCCACUUUGGUGAAGAGUCAUACAGGUUCCAGUAAUAGUUUGGAACAAUAGAUGAUGUACUAAAAGGCAUGAUAGAAAGAUGGGGAUAGAUGAAGUUCAUGAGAGAGAGAGAGAAAGAGAGAACAGUUCAUCUGGUAGGAGGAUUUUUUGAAUCCAACGUAUUACUGCCCACUGAUGUUGCCUUUAUGCUGUUUAAUGAAUGAUUUUGGAAUGAGGAUGGAGUACAGUAAAAGCUGUAAUUCUGGUUGACAUUAUUAUGUUGGUCCUUUAAUGAAAUGAUUUUGAAUUAAGGAACCUUUUGUAAAUAUUGGCCAAAUGACUGACAAAGCAACAAUUGAAACCUUGCAUACUAAAUCAGAGUAAACAGCAGCUUCAACACAGUCUGGAUCACUGAUUACAGCCGUUUCAGUGAGUGCACACCAUGUAGUUCAGGGUUUGUCACUUUAAUUCAUCACUGACCUGCAAAUGAAGUCAGUUUUGCUUUUACUGUUUGUUACAUAAAUGUUAAAAUGUAAUUAUUUCUCAUAAUUAAACAUUGUUGAUUUCUGAAAAUGUUUGUUUAAAAGAAAUGUUUGAAUCAUAUUUCAUUUUCAAAUUUUAUACAUGUUUUAGUGAAUUGAUUAUGGAAUGAAAUCCAUAGAAGCAAGAGGCAGAUAUGUAAUGAUAACUGCUGAUUAAAAACUUUGAAUCCUA